ACUAAGGAAGAGGAGAAUCGCAUCGUUAAGUGGAUAAUUGAUUCGGCGAGAGUUGGUUUGCCAGUAGAUUCCCUGCGCUUGAAAACUUCUGUAGCAUAUUAUCUAAGUAUCACACGUAAGUCCGAUAAUCCCUUUUGUGGGAAAGCUCCUGGACGUAAAUGGAUGAAACUCUUUCUGGGACGACAUCCGAAUAUUGCUCGAAGAAUACCAAGCGCCUUAUCUAAGCAGCGGGUGAGUGUUACGGAGAGCGGAAUUAGAAAAUGGUUCCGUGAAAUCGACGAAUUCAUCCACCAGGAGGAACUACACGACGUUUUUGCCAACCCGCAACGCAUCUUCAACAUGGACGAAACAUCAUUACGAUUGGUGCCAACGAAGGAGACAGUUUUAGCGGAAACUGGACAGAAAUAUGUACACACGGCUAACGCAAAUUCAGAGAAGGAAGGAUACACCGUGCUAUUUUCGGCAAAUGCAGCCGGCACGCUGGCACCUCCAUUAGUUUUGUUCCCGUACAAGAAACGAAUUCCAGCAGAUAUUAUUAGCAGCGCACCAGAAGGUUGGUCCAUCGGCAAAAAUGAUUCAGGAUGGAUGAAUCAGGAAACAUUCUAUUACUACCUGAAACACGUUUUUGAGCCGUGGAUUGAGAAAAACAAAAUUCCUCGGCCAAUUUUGCUAUUUGUCGAUGGCCACAAAUCCCAUGUAUCGUUUCAAACUACAGACUUUUGCCGAGCAAAGAAUAUUGAACUGAUUUGUCUUUUCCCAAAUGCGACACAUGUUCUUCAGCCGCUUGAUGUGUCGUUUUUCCGAAGUCUGAAGGUGGAAUGGAAUAAACACCUAAUAAGGUGGCGUACUUUUCAUGCAGGUGAACCCAUUAAACGGCACGAAUUUGCACCUUUGAUAAAGCAGGCUGUUGAUGACGUACAUGACAUAACUGGUAACCUCAUAAACGGGUUCCGCAAAUGCGGAUUGUGUCCCUGGAACCCGGACGCUGUCCAGUAUGACAUGCUGUUGAACAAGGAAAAUCAGAAUCAAUCCGGUAUAAAUACAACAGGAUCCGACGCAAUCUUCAAUUCGACUGACGCCACACCAACUCACAAUGCCGUUACAAUCUUAGAAGGACUGGAGUCUCAUCUUACUUUGCGACAGCUGAAGAAUUUUGAGCAAAAUCAAAAUAAGAUCAAAUGGAUGGGACACGUUGAAAAUACUAAUUUGUUUUACGUGUGGCAACGUGCCAAACGAGAUGUUGCAUAUGAAAAAAGGUUCCAUCCUAACACGACCUCUUCAUCUGAAGACAAUUCUUUCUGUGGAUUUCAAGAACUUGAACUAGACGGUAAUAUUUUGCAAUGGUACAAAAUUAAAUAUUCCACUAAAUAUAACCAAUAAUUUCAGCUGAAAGAAAGAAGCUUCAUGAAAAGUACCAAGUUACCAACACUGAACAGAGUUUGACCCCAGUGGAAACAAAUGUUCUACCGGAAAAUGAUACUCCAGAGAAACGCACCGCCGAUCGUCACGCUCAUUGCUCAAUUGUUGACCACGCUGCAGUAGGGAAUAAAACAUCAGCUGCAGCAGAAACUGUUUUGGAAAGCCCAGCCAAUACAGAGCACGGCAUCGAAGACGACUUUUUUGAUAAAGCUUUCCAAAUACCAUCCCUAGCAACGCGCAAAAUGUGUACUGCUAAAAGGAACCGGCCAAGACCCCCAUCGGUGGCAACCAGCGAGGCAUUCAAGGCUUAUCAUGAGAAGAUGGAGAAGGAAAAACAUAAUCAAGAGCAGCUAAAAUUACAAAAGAGGAAGAUCCGAGAAGAGAGGAAGUUGGCAGCGAAGAAAAAGUUGGAAGCUCGAGCCGAAAAGUGUAAGAAACAACAAGAAUCUUUGAAGAGAAAGCCCAAUGGGACAGUAACGAAACUCACAGAGAAGAAAAGAAAAGUAGAACACCGCAACUGAUGCCGGUGGACGUGUAGAUCGUCCACAGAAUUAAAGAAAGAGUAACAGUAAAAUAAAUAAUGAUAGAUUUUGUUAUACUAAGAAAACACUCUUUUAAGAAGCUUUCAUAUUUAUCCCGUCUUCCGAACUUUCCUUUUAUUUUGCUAUGCUUAUUACAAUUGCUUUCAGUUGAAAAUGUUUCAUGUGCUCAGAAUACGGUAGUAAACACUUAUGUCGAAGACAUGGCAAGUUCCAAUGGGAGUGUAAAGCCGUCUAUAAAAGAAAAUAAAGAGUACAUGUCAAUUUGAUCGAAUAAUCAUGUUUCCAUUUUAAUUAUA